AUUACUAAUUAUUACCCACUCUUUUUAAAAAUAAAAAUAAAACCUCAUUCACAUUUUUCAAAUGUCGCUCAACCCAAGCACCGCCCCUCUCUCUGCGCUCGACACGCGAGCCUCCGCAGAUUCAAUAGCUUUUGAUUUCGAAACGUUCAUAAAAACCGAGCUCAAACUAAACAUCGACCCCACACCACCAACGCAAAAACUCCCAAGCUUCAACGAUGGGAAAACCGGCAUCUGCAACUACUUUCUCAUGGGACACUGCUGGAAAGGCAACAACUGCAAAUACCGACACCUAACGCGCGAACAAAGCGAGCGCAUGCAGAUGGAGAACCGCACAGUGGUUUGCAAACAUUGGCUCCGCGGGCUAUGCAAAAAGGGAGAUGUUUGUGAGUUCUUGCAUGAGUAUAAUUUGAAGAAAAUGCCAGAGUGCACGUUUUUCACUAAUUUCGGAAGGUGCAAUACGGGUGAGGAGUGCUCGUAUCAGCAUAUUAAUCCAGAGGCUAGGAUUAAGGAGUGCCCGUGGUAUGCUAGGGGGUUUUGUAAGCAUGGGGCGGGCUGUAGGAGUAAGCAUGUGAGGAAGUUGAUUUGUCAGAAUUAUCGAUUUGGGUUUUGCCCCUUGGGCCCGAACUGCAAUGAUGCACAUCCGAGGUUUGAGCUCCCGCUGAUGAAUGCCACCGAUGCGGAGCAGAACCCGCAACAACAGAACCCGCAACAACAGAGUCCGCAACAACAAAACCAGCAGCAGCAACAGCAACAGUAGCAACAGGUGUAAUAUUAUUAUAAUUUCAAUAAGAUUU